GCAUAAGCGACCAUGACUGCUGAUAUAAAUGUCAGCACCGUCGUCAACGCUAAUAAUGCAUUUAUUUCUUUUCUGGACCACUUACCGUGUGAUAUAGUGCGAUCAUUGUGGGUCACUCAAUCUUUGAGUUUGAAGAACGAGGAGAUACGAAAUCAGCUGGACUCACUUUUGAGAGAUCAAAGACCAGGCAAGAUCACAAAUGUAGAGACGUUGCGCGUAGUCGCCAACUUGAAACGCCAGCUUGUCCGCAACUCUAGGGAACUUGUUGCCGAAGCCGAACAACUGUCUCAGAUUCUGGAUCGCCAUCAAAGGUUAUCUUCUAACGAGCUACAUCUUAUGGACCUUCUCAAGGAUUCGAGAAAACAACAGGACACGCGAACCUGGGAGGACUUUACUCGCUUUAAACGCAAUUUUGUCUCUACCGCUCAUGAUGAUUCUGAUGCCGAGGAUGAGGAUCCAUUGGCCCAGAAGCAAGAAUUAGUUAGCACUGGAGAUGGCAGGGUCAGGAAGACAAUUAAAGAGAAGAAGGAAAGGAAAGACAAGAUUGAGAAAAAUGACAAACAAACUCGGAUUUCUAUCAAGUUGGGAACAGAGUCGCCUGUUGAACCCACGCCAUUGCCACCAAUUGCCGUGGUUUACAAUCGUAUCGCAGGCGCAAGCAGCGCCAGCGCAGUUCUGAACACCGAGGAAUUUGAACAAAGGUUUAAAAGCGCCUUUAAGAGCGUAUGGCGGAGAUAUCCCAACUAUGGUAAAGUGGCACAUAUGCCGAUAGACACUUUCUGGCGUCACGUUUUGUCUACGCUUUAUGGGGGCAACUACAAGUUUGUCGAUGACAUAAUCAAGCAUUUUGAGACACGGGACGCUUACAAUGUAUUUGAAGAUGUCCUGCCCUUCCUAAACUCAGUCAAGGCUUCAAAGGUUCAAACAUGUAUUGCCUCUAACGCAGAUCGAAGAGUUUUGCGACUGAUCAUUGACGAGUUCGGGCUCGGCAACUUUUUCAAACCACAGGAUAUUUUUCUGAGUUACGAUCUAGAGAUAUCUAAGCCUGACAGCGAAUUUUUCAAACUAAUAUUGGAACAGCGUGGCAUGUUGGCGAAGACAUGGAGAAUGAUGUAAAUUGUGCACUUGGUGCUGGCCUGGGCUCUAUCUUGAUCGACAGAGACCACACUUCCGGUCUUAUUGGUGAAACAGAAACGGUGCGCCAAAUCGAUCAGAAGUUUUAUGUUGUUUCCUCCCUUAUGGAUAUUGGGAAAGUGUUGAGUUUCACACAAGCAUCCAAACAGUGAGCGCAAUCACAAUGGCCAAAACAAUUCCUGUAAUUAUUCCGGCCCCCACACGAUCCUUUGAAUUGAUUUUCAUGGCGUUUGCGUUCAAAGAGUCGUCAUCAGCAUCGGUACCUGCCUCGUCGUCUAUGGAAGACGACCCGCCUCCACGUGUAGAGCUGGUGUCGUUGGUACGUUGUCCGCCGUAGUAAGAAUAUGGGGCGUCGUGCUGAUCUAUAAGCAGAUUUUGCAUCACUUCGAGGGCCGAAAUUUGUUCUCCAAGACCGUACCAACCAUCCCAUCCCCCGUAUGCCCAAUUCAUACCACAUGUGUGCCCAUCGCUUCCUCCGCUACAGGAACUGGCUGCUCCUUGGGCAGAAGCCGUAAUAAUGUCCAUAAUUUUGUCAUGGUAAUCGGGAACCAACUUGGCUGUUGCUCCAAGCAUGCGACUGAACACUGACUUGAAAGAUCUUUGGUCAUUGUUGCAAGUUCCUGAUUCUUGACAUUGACGCUCAUAAAUGAUCGAGUUGUUGAGGAAAAUUGCCGAUAUUCCUUCGUAAAAUCUUCCCACUUCAGUCAACCAGCUUUCAUCCUCAGUGUAAUUGUACAUGUAAGCACAACCACCAAUCAACAGACCGUAGUUAUAGGUCCACUCGGAUUUGGACAGGGUAGAACAGUUAUCAGUUCCAAUUUUGGCGCCAUCAAACACUUGGUAGCCAUCUCCUUCCAAGGUGAUGAAAUUCACAUCUCUGAGCCAAUUAUAAACAGUUUCAGCUGUCUCGGCAUAAGAAUCAUUGGAAGUGUAUCUGGCUAUUCUAGCAGCAAUGUUGAACAGACCAGCAUUGGACACAGAGUUUUUGUAGUCAUAACCCGUAUUCCAUGUAAAGAUUUGCCAUCUCAAGCCUCCACCACAGUUACUGGUAUCCCAUCUGGCCCACAUGGUGUUGUACACUGCUUGAGCCAACCCCAUCCAAGAAACGUCCUCAUAUUCUCCCGAAGGGUUGGUGAAGUUUCUCUCAGCAGCCUGGAGAGCCGCAAGUCCCCAAAAUGCUUGAUCGUCGUUACCUUCAGUUGCAGUCUGAUUUGAAGGCAUGUAGUCUUUAUCAUGUCCAAUUUGGGCUAAUAAGGCGUCGUAGAUGAUCGUCUCGUAGGUAUCAUUUUCACAAAAAUACCAUGUGUCGAUCAUACCUCCAAACACUUCUCCGGCAAGCCACCAAUAAUAAGGAGCCUGGAACAUACCUACGGUUCCUCCAUAGCGAAUUCCUUCAUAAUAGUCCAUAAUACCAUCGAUGAUUAAAGUGGCUGCAUCGCAAACAGAAUCCUGUGAAGUGGUGUCCAAGUCAAGACCUGUCACAGGCCCCAGAAGGAGGUAUGAUAAGAAUGAUAACCAAAUCAUGAUUGUACCCAUAGGCUUCUGACUGGAGAC